AACAGCUGUGGGGCUUCCGUCGUCAGCGAGAACAUCGGGGUGCUUGGCGUCAAGCUUAAGCAAGUACGCCUAUGGAUCAAUGCGAAAUAGAGCAGGCUAAAGAGUGCAAUGCAGAUGCCAUGCUGCAAGCGUUCCUACAACGCGCUUCUUCCACUCUCGAGACUAAGCAGCCAGACCUCCUGCCAAGGUGCCUCAAGGCAGUUCUGCCGGUUUGCAACGGACAGGCUUCAACUGCGUUAGUAAAGUCUUCUGACGUCGCGACAGCCCUCAACGAAUACCCAGCAGCAGUUCUGUCUUUGGGCUUCACUGCCGCUCAGCCUUCCUCGGGCGGGUCCAGCUCCAAGCGCAAGGUCACGGACACUUUGGAAUCCGCCACGAAAAAAUCCAAGAUGAACCCCGAUGACACGGACGCAGAUCUAGAUGUCACCGUCCAGACAGGUCUGUACGCUGCCGAAAUUUUUGCGGCCAAUCUUGGAGUCAAUUACCUUAACAUUAUCGUCGUCGACGAUGUGAUUUGGACUUGGUAUUAUGAUCGCCAGGGCACCGUUCAAAGCUCUGGCAUUAAUGUUAUCCAAGAUCUCCCACGAUUCAUGGUGCUGUUGUGUGCUUUACGACGCUUCAAGGAUAAAGAACUCGGAAGGGUAGAUCUGUUGCUUCACAGCAGCCACGACGACAGAGUGACGUACUACGGACCCCAAGGACGGGUCACCAACUUGGUUGCUAUCACUAGCGAGGCACUCAUGAAGAAAUACGGUAACCUCCGGGAUGGGAUGGUGGCCAAGAUAUUUUUGGGAAAGGUAAAUCGCACUAGCGAGUCGGAGAUCCUGAAAAAGGUCCAAGACCAUGUUCCUGAGCUCCUUUGGCACCACACGUUUACGAAUCCCGCAUCUGUCAUCCGGGAAGUGCUGGGUGUUCCAGACUCUACCACGGGCAGUCGCGUGCUCUACAUUCUUCUGGAGAGGGUCAACAAGGCAAAGUGA